AUGAGAAGUGACCAGGGCAUAUCUUUUUGCAGCAUCCGGAACCUGGCCGCCAUCCUCCUCAUCCAGGCACUGCUCUCGCUCUCGACGUCCGCCACGCCUGCUGCAUCUCACCGUGCCAGAGCGCUCGGAGCUUGGCCACCAGGGAGUGGCGUCACAUACCCGUACGAGCGCAGCGUCCUCUCCCCAGAUCGAGUGGCACGAGCAGUGAAUUGGAAUCUGGCCUCCUGCUUGGAAGGUGCCAGCGUUCCCUACGCCUCUUCGAGGACGAACAGCACAGAUGCGUAUUGGGACGCCGCCCAGUCCGACAACCUCAGGUACCACUUUCAUCCCUCUGCCAUUGCAUAUCCUCGCGAUCAUGCCGGAGUCGAAGAGGCUGUCAGGUGCGCGACCCGAGCAGGCAACACGGCUGUGAGCGCGCGGAGCGGAGGUCACAGCUUUGCUGGAUUCGGGAGCGGAGGUCAGGAUGGCAGUCUGGUCAUUGACCUGGGCGCUUUCGACAAAGUCGUCUAUGAUGCCGGCAAGCAGACAGCACAGAUUGGACCUGGCACGCGCCUUGGCGAUGUGGUCAAGGAGCUGUGGAAGCAGGGCAAGGCUGGUAUGCCCCACGGAACCUGUCCACCUGUUGGCACCGGUGGGCACGCGCUCUGCGGCGGCUUUGGACCUACUUCACGUAAAUGGGGCAUGGCGACCGACAACAUCUUGAGCGCAGAGGUGGUCUUGGCAAAUGGCACCAGCACGCACGUCUCUGCCACUUCAAAUCCGGAGCUGUGGUGGGGUCUGCGGGGGGCUGGCUCCUUCUUUGGCAUUGUCACUUCUUUCGAGUUCAAGACGUACAACGUAGACAGCCCAAUGGUCUUUCUCGAGUACCGCUGGUCUCCAUCUAUCAAGUCAGCAGAUGACACUGUCAGCCUGGUGGAAGCCGUGCAGGCAUUCUCGCUCGACCAGCGAUUACCGGCCGAACUCGGCUUCCAUUUGCAGUUCCAGCGUCCCAAUGGCGGUGAUCCGUCUGGCGGCACAAUAUCCAUUCAUAUGCGGGGCAUGUUUUCGGGCGACCUGCAGACGUACAAACCGCACGUCGAGCGACUCUUCGCAGAGCUAGCAUCGCACAACGCGCCGCGACCUGAUAUGUCCACGGAAAAGCAAAUGGACUACCUGACCAUCAUGGAAGAGUGGGACGACUUCGGAUCUCCUGGCGAUAAGCUAGACACUCUUGCCGAGCGUCUGGUGCACAACAGCUUUAUUGCGAGGACAUCGCUCAGUAUGGGUCAAAAGGGCUUCACGCACCAAAGCUUGCUACCCCUUAUGCAGCUAAUGUGGGACGACAUGAAGUCCAGGCAAGAUCCUGCGAGACCAUUCAGGAAUUGGGGUUGGAACCUGUACAUGGAAAUGUUUGGCGGUGCGAAUGCGAGGCACAGAGAUGCUGAUCUCAUCAGAGAUAGCUCCUUCCCGCACCGAGACGGACUGUGGCUCAUGCAAUCCUCCAUCGGCACAGCAGGCUUCGGGCAGUUUGGGGACGACGCACGGCAAAUGCUGGACAAGUUGGAUGACGUUGCUGCCGAAAGCAUGCGAGCUUCUGGACUGGAUCGACGCUCCUACUCUUGCUACGUAGACCCCAAUCUUUCGGAAGAGCAGUGGAGAAGUCUUUACUAUGGCGAUGCGAUCCCAAGGUUGGAAAAGCUCAAGUCUGAAGUGGACCCUACCAAUCUCUUCCGCAAUCCGCAAAGCCUCGUCCGGAAGGUGCCCAAUGACCCUCACAAUGGUCAGAUCAAGAUCUCGCACCCGCUGCCGCGGUCGUCUUAA